AUGAGAGGAAGGCCGUACCAAAGUCGACACGACCGCAGUGACUGUGGGGGCAAAUCAACGUGUUCGGUCAAUGCCCAUUCUAUAUCGACAGAAAAGCCUACACGUUUGACAACGAAAAGAGAUCCCACGUUUUUGGACCUCAUGGUUACCCUCAACGACACAUCAGCCAAAUUCCAAAUUACAGAUAAACCAUCAACAACCGCAAGAGGGGCUUCUGAUGACAAACAGACAAGUACGAACUCAACUAUGGAACAUCCAGUAACAACAUACCCGUCAUUAGGCACAACUCCAGCAUCCAUGAUCACGCAAUCUGAUGACAAAACAUCGACUGACAACCUGACUGAUCCAGCGGACACCACUAACUUAAGGGAAGUGCAAACUUCAACUGCAACUACCAACGCACAUUCAUCCCACGACACACCGACUAGCGACUCAAUCCCCACAGUCACCGACGAAACUGUCGCUACAUCUAACACACCAUUUGCAGAUACAACUACGCUGACAGAUGCCAAGUUGCCAGUUAGCGACUCAACUGCCUCAGUUUACGACAGAACAUUCAUAUUGUCGGACUUGUAUCUAUCAACCACACCCACGCAGCCUCAAGACGAAAUGCCGAUGCAUCACUCAACUGCCUCAGUUCUCACCGAGACAUCCACAAUCACGGACGCACCAAUGACCAAAUCUUUGCCAUCUGUUCAUGAAACACGGACCAACAUCUCAGCUGUUCCAGUUAUCACAGACACGACAUCAGCAGCCACUAACGCACGAUCGGAUGAAGAAAUGCCGACUGACUACCCGGCGUCUACAGUGUUCACUGCUAAAUCUACGGAAAUAGUCACAUCGUCGAAAAUCACUACCACAUAUUUUAAUUACCACACAGCAAACAGCGAUGUAACUGCCACCGACAACAUCGAAACAUAUGCCAUUCGGAACUUAACUUUGGCAUCGACAACUACGCUAUCUGAUGACGAAACGACUUCCAUAGACCCAACUGCCACGGUACCCGUAGCGUUAUUUGUAUCACUGGACACGGCAGCAGCAAACACAGACACGCAACCUAAUGAAAUGGCGGCAAUAGACAUGAAAGCGUCUCUUCCUUUAGAAACAGCAAUACUGUCCGACACAACUCCACCAACAAUGACCUCUCAAUUUGUUGACCAAACCACUGUCGACGACUCAGGUGCUUCGGUGUACACUGACACAUUCACGGUCACGGACAUUCCACCAGCAACCAGAGUCAUGCAAUCAGCCAACGAAAUUCCCCUCAAUCACUUCACCGACCUACUUUCCACUGACACAUUCACAAUCAAGGACACAUCAUCACCUACCCCAAACAAGCCAAUUAUUAACGAGAUGCCAUCCAACGACUCGUCUGCAAAGGUUCACGUCGCUACACUCAUGUCAGCAGAUACAGCACCAACAAACACAGCAAUGCGCUCUAAUGAUGAAACAACGACCGAAUACCCUACUGCCUCACUUCAUGAAACGCGCACAACAUCACGAUUCACCACUUUUCCAAUUAGGGGCGAAACCGUUGUCGACGAAUCAGGUGUUUCGUUUUACAGUGACACACUCACAAUCACGGACACAGCAUCUGCAUUAACCACCACGCAAUCUGAGGACGAACCACUGCGUGAAUAUACAACCAACCCAGUUUCCACUGACGCAGUCGCAAUCACGGACACAUCAGUAGCUACCGCAACAACGUCAUUAAUUAAUGAAAUGCCAUCCAACGACUCGUCUGCAAACGGUCCCGCCAGAACACUCACGUUAGCAGUCGCAGUCACAGCAACUGCAGCCACAAAAUCUGAUGAUGGAACAUCGACCCAAUACCCAACUGACUUACUUCAUGAAUCGGGAGUAUAUCCAACUUCCACAACUUUGCCGAUUGUUGACGAAACCGUAGCCGUCGACUCAAGUGCUCCUGUGUCCACUGUCAAAUAUAAAAUCACCGACGCACCACGGCCUUCCACUACCUUGUCAUCUGCCGGUGAGUCAUGGACCAAGUACUCAACUGGUUCACUUGUUGCAAGUAGAUUGACAGUCACCGACGCAGCACGGACAACCACAGCAAAGAAAUCGGGCAGCGAAACACCGACUGACUACAUUACUCCUCCAGACACCACUGCCAAAUUCACAACAUCAAACACGCCCCCACCAAAGAAAGCAACGCUAUCCAAAGACGAUUCUCCUGCCAUCCACACAACUGUCUUUGUUCCCACUCCCAAAUCUGCGAUAACGGACACAACACUACCAUCCACAACUCAUCCAUCUGCUAAAAGAGCACCCACGAAUCACUCAACUGACACUCUCACCACCGCCAGCGUUUCAGUCACGGACGUGCCACCAGCAACCACUUCUAGCACGCCUUUUCAUGUGGAAGUCCAGUAUGAAAACUCCACUCAUUCAGCUUCUACUGCUGCCUUGUCGUCAAAUAAUUCAUCUUCACAGUUGGUUUCAUUCGAGUUAUCUAAAAAUCAUUCAACUUCUUCAGCGUAUCUUAAGUUGAGCUUCAGUGUUCUUCAGUUACUUUGUGUCGUGUUUAACAUCUAUCACUGA